GCAAAGACCAACAAGUCACGGCUUUGUGAUAGUACCUCUUGACUUGUAGCUUUGUUCUUCUAAAUUCUGAUAAAACCAAUUUCAAAAACUUAAAUAGAAACCAGUUUCAAAUUCAGCAAAAUUGAGCAACGAACUCUUUGAUUCGAUAGACGUGGUAACAUUAAAAAAAGUCGAAACUUUGUAGUUGAUUCAGAAUGAGUAUGUCGCUGCGACAGUGGUUUGCUAGAGUACUCGUGCUUACACAGCUCAUCCAUGGAGCUUUGUGUUGGGGAAAAGAGGGUCAUUACGCCGUUUGCAAAAUAGCCGAGAGCUACUUUGAGGAAGAAACUGCAGCUGCAGUGAAGAAACUUCUACCUGAAUCAGCUGAAGGUGAUCUAGCAUCUGUUUGCUCAUGGCCUGAUGAAAUUAAGCACCAUUGGCAAUGGCGAUGGACUAGCCCUUUGCACUAUGUUGACACACCUGACUACAGAUGCAACUAUGAGUAUUGUCGUCGGUUUAUUCUUUCAUACUCCAACUUCUUACCUUUUUUUUCUUUCUAUUAUCAUAUCCGGAAUCCAAUUAAUAUGCUGUGUCUUUGUGAAGGGGAUUGCCACGAUACUCAUAAGCAUCAAGACCGGUGUGUGACAGCAGCGAUUUUCAAUUACACUAUGCAACUUAUGUCAGCUUCUGAAAACUUGCAUAAUAUAGUCCACUACAACUUGACAGAGGCUCUCAUGUUCUUAUCACAUUUUAUUGGUGAUAUUCAUCAGCCCUUGCAUGUUGGUUUUCUGGGAGAUGAAGGUGGAAACACGAUAACAGUCCGCUGGUAUCGUCGUAAAACAAAUUUGCACCAUGUCUGGGAUAACAUGAUAAUUGAGUCUGCUCUUAAAACAUACUACAAUAAAAGUCUUCCACUCUUUAUUCAAGCACUUCAAACCAAUCUUACGCACAACUGGUCAAAUGAUGUUCCGUCGUGGGAGUCAUGUCAACUUAACAAAACGGCCUGUCCAAAUCCGUAUGCAUCUGAAAGCAUUAAUCUGGCCUGCAAGUAUGCUUACAGGAAUGCUACACCCGGGACUACUUUAGGAGAUGACUAUUUUCUGUCUCGUUUACCCGUUGUGGAGAAAAGACUUGCACAAGGUGGGAUUCGCUUGGCGGCCACUCUUAACCGUAUUUUUUCUCCAAAACCUAAGCUUGCUGGUUCAUAAAACUGAUAACAAGAUCCCCUACAAACAUUUGCAAUCAUAAAGCAAGUUAGUUUCUGUUAUGCUAUACUUAAACCAAAACUGUACUCUAUUAUCAACAUCUAGAACUACACCAUAUGUAAUGUGUAUCAACUGAAAGCUUCAGGCUCUUGAUACUAUAAAAAGGAAGGAUCUUGGCAAUGUUAUCACAA